AGAAGAAAAAGCCCGGACAACGUUGACGCGGUAGCUAGGAAAAAGAAAGAAAAAACCUAAACUGCGAAACGGAGUGCUAUUUUUAAUGAGAUUCAGAUGUUUUUGUCGACGGACGCAUACAGGUUAUUACGACAAUGUGCGAUGCCUGUCUCCAGAUUUCGUUAAAUCUGCUCUCGUUUCUUUGAGGAAGAUCCAUCACUGAGAUCUUGACAGCAUUACAGCCGAUGAGAGGUGCACCGGAUAUACUAUUUAUACCCAUACACAAAGAGCAGCAAUAAUGCUUAUUGUCGAUUUUGCCAUUGCCAUUUGUUUUGCAAUGUAAUCUCAGUAGUCUCACUUGUUUUCUAGAACAGAGGUGGAAGGAACAGAACGGGAUUUUUUAUUCACCGAAUGCAUUAUACUACCAAACAUUAUUUAUUUAAUUCAUUCAUGAACAAUUCUGGUGUGACAAAAAUACUUAUUCUAUCUGGUCAAUCAAAUCAAGGACGGACAAAUCCUUACUACUUAAAAUUUGAUCAAAUCUUCAUUUAUCUCCAGUCAGUGGACUCGCGGCAGAAGCGCAUUUCUGAGGGUACUGGUGGGGGAGAUAGGGGGAGAUAGAGACGCCGGAAAUAGCUGAAACAAGUCACAGGAGAGUAGACGGUUGGGAGCAGCGAGAAAAAUGCUUCCUUCGCAAGAAGCCUCAAAGAUUUACCAUGAUAACUAUAUGCGUAACUCUCGAACCAUCGGCGUCCUGUGGGCCAUCUUCACCAUCUGCUUCGCCACCAUCAACGUGGUAGUUUUCAUCCAGCCUUACUGGAUCGGGGACAGCGUGAGUACACCACAUGCCGGUUACUUCGGGUUGUUCCAUUACUGCGUGGGCGACGGAAACUCGAACCGGGAGCUGAUUUGCCAGGGAACAUUUUCCGACUUCAGUUCCAUCCCGUCCGGCGCGUUUAAGGCGGCCUCUUUCUUCGUGCUGCUGUCCAUGGUGCUCAUUUUGAGCUGCAUCGCCUGUAUGGCGCUCUUCUUUUUCUGCAACACAGCCACCGUCUACAAAACAUGCGCUUGGAUGCAGCUGCUUUGUGCUGUGUGCCUGGUGCUGGGCUGUUUGAUUUUCCCAGAUGGCUGGGAUGCAGAGGUCAUCCGAGAUAUGUGCGGAGAGGAGACAGGAAAGUACACACUGGGCAACUGUUCAGUGCGCUGGACUUACAUACUGGCCAUCAUCGGCAUCCUAGAUGCUCUCAUCCUGUCCUUUCUUGCAUUUGUCCUCGGAAACCGCCAGAACGACUUUAUACAUGAUGAAAUCAAGGCUGAAAAUAAAGAUUGAGAUCCGGGCUAAAGACCCUCGAUUCGGUGUCCAGCAGUUUCCGUGAGGAGACAGCAUCCUCCCUCCUUUAUCUUCUCCUCCAACCCUCUCUCCUUGUCCUCAGGCCUGCGUCUCUAAACUCAGUCAGGAUGCUGCUAGUUCAGCUUUUGUAAUAUUGAAAAAGACUGGAAUACACUUCAAGAAGAGAACAUAUUCAACACCUAUUUAAAACCAUGAGAAUUUAAAACCAAUAAAAAGAAGAAAAGAUCAGCUUUACACAAACCAACAACUCUGGGAAAUUAACAAGUUACAUAUAUUGCUACUGUUAUUUAAUAAUGCUUUGAUGACAAUUAUGAUGAUAAUCAUGAUUAUGCUUGCAACAGCGAUAUUAUGUUCAGACUUUCAUAUUUUAUCUAAAAUGGGGAACAUAUUUGUAGCUUUAAAAAAAUAUAAUGAAUCAAUGCAUAUAUGUACAAGAGAUUGGGUGCUACUCUGGACACGCAGAUGAAAAGGAAAAACAUCAAGCCAAAAAUUUAAAUUGAAAAAAAAAAGACAAAAAAAAAGAAACAUUUUGUACAACACAAGAUGUAAUUUUGAAGGCCAUUUUUUCUGACAAAUUUUGAAUUCCCCUCUUUGUACAAGUGGUCAGCAAUCAGAGUUAAUUGAUGAAUUAAAUAGUUAAUUUGUAAAUUCUAUAUUUAUAUGGAUACAGGGUACAGCCAUUAAGCAUUUAUUCACCCACAUCAUAUUCCUUCUACAAACUGGAGUGGAUUUAUCUCUCAGUUCACCUAAAGGUACCAAUAACCCUUCUACAACUGUGCAACAGAAAAGGCUAACAACAGUUAAAUA